CAGUGCGCACACAGAUACAGCCACAAGGUGCGCGCAGAUACAGACACAGCGCUCUUGCCAGCCACAGCUCCAAGUGGAGUUCGGUUUUCGCCCCACGAUCGGAGCAGAGCAGAAACAGAGUCGAGUCUCGAGAGUGCAGUGUGUUUUUCGCGUUUCGGUUACGAUUUGCUUUGGGGAAUUUGGGGAACGGAACUCGGACUCAGAUUCGGAUUCGUUUACGGGUUUGAAUUACAAGAGAAAAGCUUUUGCUACCGAUUUUUGUUGGUGUGUGUAACGUGUGUGUUGUUUUCGAAAAUUCCAGACAUCGCGCGGACACGACUCAAUCAAAUCGUAUACAAUACAAUCCACUACACUACAAUCCUACAAUACAAAUCCCACAAUCCAAUAAAAUCCAAUCCAAAAGUUGGCGCUGGUCAAAAUCGAGCCCCAGCAACAGCAACAGCAGCAGCAACAGCACAACCAAGCAAACGGCAUUCUUUCGCGCAACAACAACAAAAACGUAACCGACUUGAGCGAGAGAGCUGACGUCUUUUUCCCACUCUCUCUCACACUGCUUGCUACUUUGUGUGUGUGUUCGGAGCGCUCGCGCGUGUGUGUAUGUGAAUUUUGAUUAAAACGUAGUGUGCUCGUGCUCCCCCUCUCUCCCUCUCUCACUUCGGCGCCCACAAGUGCGGCCUGGAAUGCGUUGACUGCGCAGUCGCAGCGCGCGAUUUGAAGAGGUCAGGCAGCCAGCAGCAGCAGCAACAGCAACAAAACAAAACCAGCAACAACAGAAGCAGCAUCAAAAGCAAAAAUAAAACACAGUUUGGUGGCAUUUGGAAAAAAAAACGCAAAAGUGUGAACAAAUCAGUGAAGAAAAGUUGAAGAAGAAGCAGUUGGCAGCUGGAGAAAGAGUCGAAGAAAGCAAAAGAUAAAACUUAAACUCUCAAUUUUUGUGGAUUACGCGGCACCAGAGCAGAGGAAAAACAACAACAAAUAACAGCAGAGAAACUUCAACGAACAAAAACCAGAGACAAUAUGCCGACAACAACUGCAGCGGCGAACGUUGUCAUCGGCAGUGCAUAAGCAAACGUAUUUCGAACGUGCGCGCUGUAUACGGAAAAUGAUGCAGCAUGCGAGCAUUUUGCACCGUCAGCGCGCCCCUGGAAGUAUGCGCGUCCUCAGCCGAGCAACUGUCACCAGGCUCGCGAUUCCUGGCCCUGAGACUUCUGGGGCAACAGCAGCAGCCGAAAACCCUGUACUUCCUAGUCGAUGCCAAGAGCCGUGUACGAGAGGUUUACACGCAGACAUGUCUGCACUUUGCCACGCAGGGUAUGCUCGAUACCGAACUCUUCGGUCUGGCAGUGCUCAUAGAUGGCGAGUACAUGUUUGCAGAUCCCGAGAGCAAGCUCUCCAAAUACGGACCCAAGAGUUGGCGUUCCUCACACACCCACGGUUUGGAUGCCAAUGGACGGCCCCUCCUGGAGCUACACUUUCGUGUGCAGUUCUACAUCGAGAGUCCGUUCAUGCUGAAAGAUGAGACAUCGCGGCACAACUACUACCUGCAGCUGCGGCACAACAUCCUGCAGCGGGAGCAGCUGCCCAGGGAGCAUGCCGAGCAGGCGCUGGUCUUUCUGGCCGGCCUUGCGCUGCAGGCGGACCUGGGCGAUGCGCCACUAGCACCAGCACCAAGCCAAACCCCCAGCCAAACCCACAGCCAAUCCACCAGCCAUUCCCAGACAGCCACCAAGGAGGAUUCCAGCGAGGAGGCCACUUCUUCGAGGACGGCCUCCACAACGAUGACGCUGCCGAAGAUCAGCAAGCGGCUGAGCAGCGCCAAUGAGCGAAUGUUGCGACUGUCCACGUAUGUGGCAUCCACCUCCAAGCGCGAGUCGCUGCCACUGCCGCCGCUUCCACCCGUACCGCCACUACCCGUGUCCGGCGCGGACUACUUUCGCAUCGAGGACUAUCUGCCCAGCAAUCUGCACACACCCUGGGCGAGGAGUGCGCUGAGGGCAUGCCACAGGGAACACCUAGGCAUGGCUGCAGCGGAGGCGGAGCUGCUGUACAUUCAGCAAGCGUGCAGCCUCCACGAGACCAUCAAUGCGCACACAUUCCGCAUGCGGCUGGCCAAGAGCGAACAGGGUGCGGGCAGCUCCUGGUUUGUGGUCUAUGCCAAAGGCAUUAAGAUACUUGGUGGAGCAGAGGGAGCAACAGCAGAGGCAAACACCACCACGACGACGACGACCUUCCUGUGGCCCAACAUAACGAAACUUUCGUUUGAGCGCAAGAAGUUCGAGAUUCGCUCGGGUGAGAGUCGCAUCACGCUGUAUGCCGCCUCCGAUGAGAAGAACAAGCUGCUGCUGACACUCUGCAAGGAUACGCACCAGUGGAGCAUGAAGCUGGCGGCACGCCUCAAGGAUGCCCACAAGCGAGAGGAGGAGGAGGCAGAGUCCAAUCGCUUGCAUGCGAGCUACGCCUGUUCGAGGAGUCUCCUGCUGCCGUACAAGAGCAAGAAUGAGCAGCGUAUCUCGGUGAUAUCCAGCACCAGCUCUAACACCACUUCGGGCAUUGUCAGCGAUCGCGUGCACUCUGAAGAUGAGCUGGAAAUUAUGAUCAACACUCCACCAGCUCCACUGGCUGCACCCUCCACGGAAAGCCUGGCGCUGGCGCACCUCCUCGACAGACCCAGCGUCAGCAGACAAACCUCUUCGGUGGGGCAGAUGUCCCUUAAAGAUCUGGAGGAGCAGCUGGCGGCGUUGAGCGUACGUCCACCGGACACCGCCUCCAAUGGUGCCUCUGGCAUCUCAGGCAGUAAUUCCUCCUCUGGUCCGAGAACCUCUUCGGGCACGACGAAUGCCAAUGACUCGUCAACGGCCACGGAUUCCCCCAGCUCGCAGCACAACAUUGGCUCCCAGUGUUCGUCCACGUGCAGCACUGUGGUGGUGACAUCGCCAGUGAGUGGAGAGACAGGCGCCACAGCCAACAGCAACAGCAGCAUACCCGUGCACUCAACCUCCUCCAGCCUGGAGCUGGGCUUCAGCCACACGGCACAGAAUUCCACGUUGAGUGAGGCCAAUCCCGAGGACUUUCCGGAGAGCGUGUCCGGCGCCUCAGGCGUGUACACACUCGCACAUGGCGCACCGCCCACAGAGACCUCAGGCGUGUACACGAUGCACAGCAGCGAGCUGACGGGGCAGUCCUCGGAGAUGGCAGAGUCCGAGAAGAGUUCACACUACGGCAUGUUCCAGCCCACAGAGAUGGAGCACAUGGAGAUGGAGGAUGGUGGACCCUCGGACCUCGUGGAUGGUGGCAAGAAGCGGGCGGAGUUCAGGCUACGCUCCGAUUCGAACAUCAGCACGGGCAGCUCCUUUCGCGGCGAUGGCAGCGAUCCCACGGACAACAAGCACUCGCUGCUGUCCGCCGAGGAGCUGACAAACCUCAUUGUGGGUCGUGGCACCUAUCCCAGUCGCAAGACCGUGUCCAGCACGCUGCACUCCGACUGUGACUACGUGACGAUGCCCAUACCCCUGGAGACGCCCAGCGAGGCAGAUGAUCAGGAGCAGGAACUGCCGCCAGCACCGCCACCGCCGUACAGUGCGCGACACGAGAAGACGGGUCUGUGUGGACCACCAGUGGCGCCACCGCCAGUGCCACCCAUGCCCAAGACGGUGCCGAAGCCCAUUGUGGUGGCUCCAGUGCCGCCCAAGCCAGAGCCACGUGCGCCAAGUCCCAGUCCAGCGCCACCACCGCCACUCACAGUGCCACCGCCCACAGUGACUUCACUGCGACGUCGAGAUCCACCGCCAUAUCCCAGCAGCAGCAAGCCGCGACCCACAUCGCUCAUCUCGGUGACAUCCUCCGCCAAUCCAGCGCCCAGCACGGCGGGUUCUUUGAGUUCCCUCAAGUCCGAGGAAGUGACAGCGCGAUUCAUUACAACGAGGCCGCAGAUAAGCAUCCUGAAAGCGCACACCAGCCUGCUGCCGGAUGGAGCAAAGCCCAGCUAUGCAGCGCCACAUCACUGCUCCUCCGCAGCAUCCUCGAGUGGAUCGGUGUGCAGUCAUCAGCUGUCGCAGCAAUCGCUGCACAACUCCAACUACGCGGGCUCCAGCUCACAGGCGUCGCUGCAUCAUCAUCCACAUGCGCAUGCGCAUCCGCACCAUCGCAUGGUGGAUCCACAUCAGCACCAUCCGCACCAUCGACACUCGGGCUCGGCGGCCAUUGGCAUACCGAUAGUUCCUUAUGGCCUACACAAGAGCACAGCCUCACUGCACCACCAGCAGGCGUCACAGCAGGCGUGUGUGCUGUUGCCGGUGAUUAAGCCGCGACAGUUUCUGCCGCCACCGCCACCGAGUCUGCCACGCCAGCCGCCGCCACCACCACCGCCAGCACAUCAUCCGCACCAGCAUCCACAUGGGCAUCCGCAUGCACAUCCCCAUCUGACUGGACACCAUUUGUACACGAGUCAGCUGGCGCGCAAGCAGCUGGAACUGUAUCAGCAGCAGCUGUACAGCGAUGUGGAUUAUGUCAUCUAUCCCAUACAGGAUCCGGCAGUCAGUCAGCAGGAGUAUCUCGACUCCAAGCAGGGCUCGCUGCUGGCAGCCAUGGCCCAAGCCCCACCGCCACCGCAUCAUCCGUAUCUGGCCAUGCAGGUGUCGCCUGCCAUCUACCGCAGCACGCCCUACCUCCCACUGGCGCUGUCCACGCACUCGCGCUACGCCUCCACACAGAACCUGUCGGACACCUACGUACAGCUGCCUGGUGCAGCUUACUCCCCACUCUACUCACCCUCCAUGGCCAGCCUGUGCUCGUCCUACGAGCCACCGCCGCCGCCACCGCUGCAUCCAGCGACGCUGGCAGCUGCCGCUGCGGCCAAUGCCUCCUCGAUGUUUGCACGAUCACGAUCAGACGAUAAUAUUCUGAAUUCGCUUGACUCGAUGCCCAAGGGGAAGCGUUUGCCGCCGCCACCACCGCCACCGUAUGUGAACAGGCGCCUCAAGAAGCCACCCAUGCCAGCGCCCAAUGAGAAGCCGCCACCAAUUCCUUCAAAGCCCAGUCCCAGCACGUGCAUCCUACCGCCACGUAAGCCGCCCACGCUGAAUCCCCACAAUGCCAACAGUCCGCUGACCAAAACCUCCAGCGGUGCCCAGUGGGCAGGCGAGCGCCCGAGGCCCGAUAUGGGCGUCGGACUGAACCGCGCAGGCAAUAGCAUUCUGGCACAACUGCAAGCCUCCAUGGCAGCGCAGAGUCAUGCACAGGCACAAGCGCAGGCCCAAGCCCAAGCACUGGACAUUGCCUUGUUAAGGGAGAAGAGCAAACACUUGGAUCUGCCACUUAUUUCGGCGCUGUGCAACGAUCGUUCGCUGCUGAAGCAGACCAAAGUGAUGGUCAAUCCGAAGAAUGCCAACGAAGGUGGAGGAGCAUCACCAGCAUCAUCGUCCUCCUCCUCCGCCGGCAAUGCAAAUGGAAACUCCAAUUCCACGUCGCCCUAUUCGGGCGGCGGUGGAACACUGAGCAAAACGAGAAAGAGCUCCGCGACGGUGGUCAGCCAUCGGCAUCCGCAGGAUAAGUUGCCGCCGCUGCCCGUACAGCAAUUGGCCGAGGCCAACAACUACGUGAUGGAUCCCGCAGUGCUGAUGAAGCACCACAAGAGCUACAAUUCGCAGACGUAAAUAACGGAGAGGAGCGAAGAAACGUAUUGAAACGCAGAAAUGGAACGGAAACGAAGCGAUGGCCAGACGACACUCUUCUCUCUAGUUCGAUUUGCUGUUUGAUGUGUUUGUGUAUACAUGUGUUUUUGUGCUGUGUGUGUGCGUGUGUGUGUUGCGGCAUGGCUACAUGAGAAUUUGCAUAGAUCAAGAGUCGAGUGUUGAGAGUUGGAGUUUGAGAGAUCGAUCACAGUGUUUCGGUGCGCAGGCAAAAGAAUUCGGACACAAGAAAACACCCUAAAACAUCAGAACAGAAGCAUAACAGUAACCGUACCAGUAACAGAGUAACAGCGUAAACCACUUAACAGUGCAGUAGCAACAUAAUCCACUUAACAGUGCAGUAACAAACAGCUUAACAGUAACAGUAACAGCUUAACAGAAUGUAACGCGACAUAACGUAAGAACCUCAAGAUCAACGCAUUCAAAUAACAGAACCCAGUCUAGUCACACGUAGAAGAGGGGACAGAGACAAAACCAUACAGAGAAUGACAAGAAAACAAAAAAACCAGAGAGAGAGAUAGAGAGAGAGAGAGAGUGAGAGCGAGAAGCACCACUAUAUUAACUAUGAGAAAUGAGAAACGGAAACAAUACUCAAGUAUAAAAUACGACAACUACUUAAUAAAAUGCUUAAUACAUUAUAGUCUUAGUAGCUGCAACUUAGGCCAGAUGCGAAUACUUUUACACUAACUAAACUACUUCCGCCCAAACAACUGUGAUUUGAUUUUUUUAACUUUAAACUUAACUACAUUUUAAAAACUACUUUAGUCAGUCAACAAGAACAAAACAACAACAUCGAAUGCAACAAAAAACGAAACAAAAAACUAUGCAAAUUUUUUAGUACGUAGAAUCGCCCAACCUCACGACCCACCCCCACCCCACUCACACACAUUAUACCCACAACGAAUCGGUUCCAACGAAUGAUCCACAUGCUGGACAUUCGCUGGACGUAAGGAACUAAAGAAUUUCAAGAGUGCCCAGACUUGCCCAAACCCCCAACAACCGCUCACACCCACCGUAUCUGAAUUUAGCUAGUGAAAGAUAAAGAACGAACGUGUUCUAUAUAUUUUUUGUAUCCAUUUUUUGUGUUUUUAUUUUAUUAUUAUUAUCUUUUUGUCGUUUAACAAACAACCCUCUGAGAGAAUGUGUGUGUGUGCAAAAAUGAUUGAGUUUUUCGACGGAUGUCACAAAUAUUUGCGUAGAUUUUUCUCGACUAAAAGUCUAUGGCUAAAUUGAGUAAUGUGAUUUUUAAGAAAAUGUAAAAAUUUUUGCCAUAUAUCUUACAUAUAUAUAUAAAAAAACAUUAUAUAUAUAUAUAUACAUAUACAAUUAUUUUAAUUUAUUAUUUUUACAACACAACAACAAAAACAUUCAAUUAAUGCAUUUAUAAAGCGUUAAAAAAAUCGUUGAAGCAUCCAACAAUCGUAUACGAUAAGUAAAGAAAAUAAAAAACAAAGUCCUUGAUU